CGAGAGUAGACGUCUAGACGUGACUCUAUCACGAUGGGAAUAUCACCAUGGACGAAAUUUUUUCUGAUUUUUGGGGGUUGUGUGUUAUGUUGUUGUGCUUUGGAAGUUUCGACUCCGAAUGGGAAGAUUAUUGGAUUUGAUACGCUAAGGACGAGAGAUGGAAGAGUGAUCCACAGUUUCACAGGGAUCCCUUUCGCAAAACCUCCCAUUGGACCUCUGAGGUUCAAGGAGCCACAAUCAGCAGAGCCAUGGAAAGAGCCGCUUCAGGCUACAAAUGAUGCAAUCAUGUGUCCACAAAGCGAUUUUGCCAACACGAGUAAUUACCAACUUCUCGGACAGGAGGAUUGCCUCGUCCUCCAUGUGUACUCUCCGAAGGUGGACAGAGCGGCGAAACUCCCUGUAAUGGUCUGGAUACACGGCGGUGGAUUUCAGUGGGGAGCUGGCUCCGUCUACGGGCCAGAGCUACUACUGGAUAAAGAUGUCGUGUUGGUCACCAUCAACUAUAGACUGGGAGCUCUAGGGUUCCUAAGCACUGGCGACAACGCUAUCCCCGCCAAUCUCGGAUUAAAGGAUCAAGCCCUGGCGAUUAAAUGGGUUCACGACAAUAUUAUAAACUUCGGUGGAAACCCUGAUUUAGUGACCAUAUUCGGCGAAAGUGCCGGGGGUGGAGCCGUCCAUCUGAAUCUAUUGUCGCUACUCAACAAAGGUCUGAUUCACAGGGUAAUUGCAAUGAGCGGAACUGGAUAUGGUCCGUGGGUAAUCGCAACUCCAAAGUUGGCUAAAGACAGGACAAAAGCACUGGCUGUGUUGUGUAGCUGUCCCUCUGAACCCUCAAACGAACUCGUUGAAUGCAUGCGGAAGGUCCCAAUUGACUUACUAAUAGAGAUGGGCAAAAAUUCAGAAAUUGUAACGUUGGACUGGAUCGUUGGCGAUUUUGUUUUCGUACCAACCAUCGAGUCCGAAACGGAAAAUGCUUUCCUUCCGAAGGAAUUAGAUAAAUUGGGAUCCGAAAUUCCUUUCAUGACAGGGUUAACCUCUGGCGAAGGAGGUAUUUUUGCAUCACUUAUAAUCAGGGGAGGAAGUAGAUUUGAGAACGAACUGAAAGAAAAUCCGCAGUAUGUCUUAUCGAAAGCACUGUUACUGAAGUCGGACUUUCCGAGCGACAAACUUUCAAGUGUAGCGGCGCAAAUUCAGAAAUUUUACCUCGGAGAUAAGCCUGUAGAUCUGAAUGAUUCAACUCAAGAAAUCGUCAACAUGCUCACGGACAGAUGGUUUCUACAUGGCGCCGUGGAAGCGGCUAGAAAGCACCACGGAGAUGCGUACCUUUAUUUGUACGAUUAUCUACACAGCAUUUCUUUCAAUGACAUUUACAGCGGAGGCAGAAUCAAGGGUGUAUCACACGUAGAUGACUUACUCGAUCUUUUUCCGUUUACUCCGGAAAGAAAAUAUACGGAAGCUGAUAUCCAAGUUUCAAGAAAGACUAUUGAUAUAGUAACGGAUUUUGCCAAAAAUGGAAAACUGACCGGUAUCGGCUGCAAGUUGCAGCCAGUGAGAAGGACGGCGAAGACACAUCAAUACCUACACAUCACAUCAGAGCCGGCAGUGAAAGAGAAUCUAUUUCCAAAAAGGUUGGAGUUCUGGCAGUCAUUGAAAGACGCUCAAUCAAAGGAUGCCACAGUGAAUGCCGCCUGCUGGAACUCACUGCCCAAUAUGCUAUUGUGGCUUCCUCCAAUCUGUGUCUGUCUGAUCUAUCACUACCUGUAAGCGCAGUGGCGGCCGGUAAAGAAGUCUUUCUCAGUUUUCUCCCUGGCGCUGAAUAGAAUUUUCCAGGAAUAGCCGGCGGGAGGGUUGCAGAGCGAAACACAGGAUGUGUUUCUGACAUUUUCUUGAGUUCUCUCGAAUUACCUAUACGUAACGCACAAGUUAAAGAAAGCCCCUUCUACAUCCUCGAUGAAACUUCCUCCAACUCCAUGGGCUUUAUGUAAGAUAAACGCUGGAAUCGGUAUGAAUAUAGCAUAGAAAAAUCUAACAAGUUGAAGAUUCGAUAGGCUUUCUUUUUCAUUAGACCCUGUAGGCUUCAUUGUUAUUUUUGCAAAAUCUUUCGACUGCUGUUUAUAUUUAAUACUGUAAAAAUGGAUGAAAACCCACGCAACAUUGAAUAAAGACUUUUAUAUUAGUAUUUA